CGCGAACGCUCCGGUACAAAUCUUAGCAUGCCCACUCUCAUUUCGAUUGUCUUUCGGACGACCCUCCGUAACUUCAUAAAGGACACCUCAAGUCGAGACCCUUACCAUUGGCGAUUGUUUGCUAGGAUUUAUGGAACAUUUUGGCUCUCAUUUCGAACAGCAAAUUGACGUCCAGUGAAUACUGAUGAAAAGGUACAAGAUCUGACGAAAUUUGAAAUCGACAGCGGCGACGAGUAUGAACUCGGCAGUGGAAGUGAAAAGAACCAGCUUUGUAUUAAAACAGCAUCCCGAGCUGCUGUUUCCCCCCGGUUGCUCCCCUUCAAGCUCACUGCCGACGCUCAAUCCCUGCCUCUAAGCUGGUUUCGUACAAGUUUCGUCCCGUCAAUUCGUUUAUCUUUUAUCUCUUCCUGGAUUAACCCAAAAAUACGCACGAACAUGACGGGAGUCGGCAUUCUGAGGGUGGUUGUGUUGGCCAUCGCAAUAUUGUUCAGUAUACCUACCCUCGCUCUCACAGCACAUUUGACCAGCCUUACCGAAGCUAGAAUCGUCUAUGACUUCGAAGGUUUGGGUAUUGCUGUUUCGGCUCUUACACUUCUUUGUGUCCCGGUGUUUCUGAUUGUCGGAUUCCUCCGCAAAGGAUCCUGGUUUACGAUGAACGUCGUGGAAGUCCCAGUGCUAGGUGGCCUGUCCAUAAUCUGGUUGGCAACCGGAAGCCUCUAUGCUAAUUGGGAAAAUCAAUUCUAUCCGCCCAGUUUUUCGUGUGAUUCAAGGUACCUUACUCCCUAUUUGCAGACGUUCUGUAGCGAGUUUAGAGCCAUCGAAGCCCUUUCCUUCAUCAUUUGGAUUACUCUGAUGAUAUAUGCUAUUGUGGCCAUUAUUCUUUGCCUCGUCGGGAAGUCUCGAGGGAACGACGUCUGGCUGUUGGGAGCAAAUGAGGCUGACUACUUCACCAGGAGGAAACAUGCAGGUGGGCCGGUUAUGGGACAACCUCAGUAUGCAGGUCAAGCCCCGCCACAGCCUGUAGUCCAACCACAGGUCCAGCAACACCAGGCUCCAUAUUAGAGGUGUACGAAGACGAUCAGAUCCUCAAACCGGCUUCGGAAUCUUCGUAGAAAAUAUUUCAGCGAACUUCAAAACUUCAACUUCUUUUACCGUUGGGUCUUUUCUGUCCUUCUAUCGAUAUCGAUACUGCGUUUGAAGUUGGUGUUACUUUUCAAGUUGUUGUUUAUGUAUUUAUUCCAAUAUUCAGUGCCACUACAUCGAUGCAUUCAAGAUACGGUGAUAGAGGUUUACCAGAGGCCAACUAGUCUUCUGUAAUCCGAGCGUGGAGGGAGUGCCAUCGGUGUGGGAGAGAAAGAAAGGCGCAUUCCGAGAAGGUUUUUUAACUUUGCCCUUCAC